GGCCAGGCCCCAGCUCUGGUUUGCGGCCAUGGGGGCGUCAGCGCGGCUGCUUCGCGCGGCGAUCAUGGGGGCCCCGGGCUCGGGCAAAGGCACCGUGUCGUCGCGCAUCAUCAAGCACUUCGAGCUAAAGCACCUCUCCAGCGGGGACCUGCUCCGGGACAACAUGCUCCGGGGCACAGAGAUUGGUGUGUUAGCCAAGACUUUCAUUGACCAAGGAAAGCUCAUCCCAGACGAUGUCAUGACCCGGCUGGUCCUUCACGAGCUGAAACAUCUCACCCAGGGUAGCUGGCUACUGGACGGUUUUCCAAGGACGGUUCCACAGGCUGAAGCCCUGGACAGAGUUUGUCAGCUUGACACCGUGAUUAACCUGAAUGUGCCCUUCGAGGUCAUUAAGCAGCGCCUGACUGCUCGCUGGAUCCACCCAGGCAGUGGUCGAGUUUACAAUAUCGAAUUCAACCCUCCCAAGACUGUGGGCCUGGAUGACCUGACAGGGGAGCCUCUUGUCCAGCGUGAGGAUGACAGGCCCGAGACGGUCAACAAAAGGCUGAAGGCGUAUGAAGCCCAGACGAAGCCGGUCCUGGAGUAUUAUCAGAAAAAAGGUGUGUUGGAAACAUUCUCCGGAACAGAAACCAACAAGAUGUGGCCCCAUAUAUAUUCUUUCCUCCAAACCAAAGUUCCACAAACCAUCCAGAAAGCCUCAGUGACUCCAUGA